UAUUCCUAUAUCUGUAUAUGUUUCAUCAUCAGCCUCGUCAAAAGCCAUAAGAAAGGCAAGCUCUCUUCUUUUACCCCCUCUCUCUCCGUCUGUCUCUGUCUCUCUCUCUCUCAUGGCUUCCCCUGUAAAUCCCAACCUCCAAAACCAAAAUCAAAAUCAACAAGGAACACAAUUUGAUUUGCAAAAGCUCUUCAAACCCUCAUCAAAUCCUGGUAAUCUAAACACCUCUCCAUCUUUCCCAACUCCGGCUUCUUCUCCAUCCUCUUCAUCACCUCCAUAUCUCUUACCUUCUUCUUCUUAUCCUCCACCAACUGGUCCUUCAUACCCUUUCCACCACCCUCACUUUCUUCCAUACCCUCCUCCACCAACGCCCCUCGACCACUUUGUCCACCAGUUUCCUCAACCUAACCUCCAUGCCCCUCUCAGACCCAUCUCCCCAACUCCAACAACUAGUACCACUACAGCAACAACAACAACAACUAGUGCCACUGAUUUCUCAAUGACCCAUUUGACCAUUACGCCUUCCACGCCUCCCACGAGGCUUCUCAGCACAAAACUCCCAAGGGGUCGCCAUUUAAUAGGUGAUAAACUUGUCUAUGACAUUGAUGUUCGCUUGGAAGAUGAGGCUCAGCCACAGCUUGAAGUCACUCCUAUCACUAAGUAUGCCUCUGAUCCUGGCCUUGUGCUUGGCCGUCAGAUUGCUGUUAAUAGAUCUUAUAUUUGCUAUGGCCUCAAGAUGGGUAAUAUCCGUGUCCUUAACAUUAACACUGCCCUAAGAUCUUUGCUCCGAGGCCACAGCCAGAGAGUAACUGAUAUGGCUUUCUUCGCUGAAGAUGUUCACCUUUUGGCUAGUGCUAGCGUUGAUGGACGGAUUUUCAUUUGGAAGAUCAAUGAAGGUUCAGAUGAGGAUGACAAACCUCAAAUCACAGGAAAAAUUGUUCUUUCUAUUCAGAUAGAGGGAGCAGGGGAGUCAGUCCACCCACGAGUGUGUUGGCAUCCUCACAAACAAGAAAUUUUGAUGGUUGCAAUUGGAAACCAUGUCCUUAAAAUCGACACCACAAAAGUUGGAAAGGGUGUAGUGUUCUCAGCAGAGGAACCUCUUAAAUGUCUCAUUGAUAAACUAAUUGACGGGGUCCAAUCUGUUGGUAAACAUGAUGGUGAGGUUACUGAGUUGUCAAUGUGCCAAUGGAUGACCAGCCGUUUAGCUUCAGCAUCAAUGGAUGGCACGGUGAAGAUUUGGGAGGACCGUAAGGCAUCGCCACUUGCAGUAUUGAAACCACAUGAUGGCAAUCCUGUUAAUUCUGUGACAUUUUUGACUGCCCCUCACCGUCCGGACCACAUUGUUCUUGUUACAGCGGGGCCACUUAAUCGGGAAGUGAAGAUAUGGGCCUCUAUGAGUGAGGAGGGCUGGUUGUUGCCUAGUGAUACUGAAUCAUGGCGGUGUACUCAGACUUUGGAUGUAAAGAGUUCCUCUGAACGUAAGGUUGAGGAAGCAUUCUUUAAUCAAGUCAUAGCAUUGCCUCGUGCAGGCUUAUUUCUACUUGCAAAUGCAAAGAAAAAUGCUAUAUAUGCUAUACAUAUAGAGUAUGGGCCUAAUCCAGCUUCAACCCGCAUGGAUUACAUUGCUGAGUUUACAGUCACAAUGCCUAUUCUGUCUCUUACUGGAACUAGUGACAGUUUACCAGAUGGAGAACAUAUUGUACAGGUCUACUGCGUCCAAACACAAGCCAUUCAGCAGUAUGCAUUGGACCUAUCUCAGUGCCUGCCACCGCCCCUAGACAAUGUGGGGUUGGAGAAAUCAGACUCCAAUGUUUCUCGAGCUUUUGAUGCUUCUGAUGGUUCUGCAACUUUUGAAUCACCUCCUGGAACUAAACCCACUGAGAUACCCGAGGUUAAUGCAACCACCAUAGCACCUAUUCUUUCAAGCAGCUCUGAAAAUGCCCCAGAAGCAAGCCGUCCUGAAAACUUAGCUUCUUCUGAGGUUACCAACUUGCCAGAAGUUGCUAUUUCUGGCAUGGAAACAGUUGCAAGUGAUUUGCCUUCUCAUAGUAGUGCCGAAAAUAUCCAUGCUGCAUUGCCACCUCUUCCUUUGAGUCCAGGUUUAUCUCGUGAAUUUCGUGGUUUUAGAAGUCCAUCAAAUAGCUCUGAGACUAGUCCACCUCUUACUGAUUAUGGGGGUGAUCAAUCACCUCUUGAAUAUACGUCUGAUCGGAGAAUGGACACUGGGAAAGAUAGCAUGACUAAUGUGCCUCCCUCGGUUGACAAUUUGAGUAAGGGUGAUAAAAAUGCUGUACACAGUGACGUUUCCAAUGUUCCCAGUCCUCCUAUGGUAUUUAAACAACCAACACAUCUGGUUACUCCAUCAGAGUUGUUAUCUUCAGCUCCAUCAUCAUCUGAGAAUUCUCAAAUUAAUCUUGGUGUGAAUGUGGUAGAGGCAAAAGUUCAAGAUGUGGUUGUCAGCAAUGAUGCAGAAAGCACUGAAGUAGAGGUCAAAGUUAUUGGUGAGACAGGAACCAGUCAAAAUAAUGAGUUUGACAGUCAGAGAGAUUCUCACAUUAUGGUUGCUCAGAAAAAGGAGAAAUCCUUCUAUUCCCAGGCAUCAGAUCUUGGCAUUCAGAUGGCCAGAGAUUGUUGUGUGGGAAAUUAUGGUGUGGAUAAAUUUCGGCAAGCUAAUGAUGUUAGUAUUACUGAAGCACCAAACCAACCUCCUAACCCUUGUGCUGAAGAAGCUCAAGAUAUGAUGAAAGAUAUAACUGCAAAGGUUGGCGAAUCAGAAACUCCUAUGGGAGUUUUGCAGUCUCCAGCCCCAGUGCUGAAGGGAAAAAGACAGAAGGGGAAAAAUUCUCAAGUGUCUGGUGCAUCUUCUCCUUCUCCAAGUCCUUUUAACUCUACAGAUUCGUUAAAUGAACCAAGUGGUGAUUCAGGUUCCCCAUCUUUAGAAACUGCUUUGCCCCAGUUACUGGCUAUGCAGGAGAUGCUUGAACAGUUAAUGAGCACGCAAAAAGAAAUGCAGAAGCAGAUGAAUGUGAUUGUUUCUGGCUCAGUUACCAAAGAAGGUAAAAGACUAGAGGGAUCCUUGGGCCGGAGCAUGGAGAAAGUUGUCAAGGCUAACACUGAAGCUUUGUGGGCUCGUUUCCAGGAAGAAAAUGCAAAGCAUGAGAAGCUAGAACAAGACCGUAUGCAGCAGAUAACAAACUUAAUCACAAAUUAUAUGAACAAGGACUUGCCAACCAUGCUCGAGAAAACUUUAAAGAAGGAAAUAGCUUUGGUUGGACCAGCUGUAGCUCGUGCAAUUACUCCAAUUGUGGAUAAAACUAUGUCAUCGGCUAUUAUGGAGUCAUUCCAGAAAGGUGUGAACCAACUUGAAAGAUCAGUUAGUUCAAAACUUGAAGGUAGCAUGACUAGGCAAAUUCAAGCACAGUUUCAAACUUCUGGGAAGCAAGCUCUUCAGGAUGCACUGAGGUCUAGUCUGGAAGCUUCAAUAAUCCCUGCAUUUGAGAUGUCAUGCAAAACUAUGUUUGAGCAAGUUGAUACCACAUUCCAGAAAGGGCUUGUCAAACAUACAUCUGCUACUCAGCAGCAGUUUGAGUCCACACAUUCUCCAUUAGCCGUUGCUUUAAGGGAUGCAAUAACUUCAGCAUCAGCAAUCACUCAAACCUUGAGCGGAGAAUUGGCUGAUGGCCAGCGAAAGCUGUUAGCCAUUGCAGUUGCAGGUGCUAACCCAAAAGCAGUAAAUCCCUUGGUAACACAGUUGAGCAAUGGACCUUUGGCUGGUCUUCAUGAGAUGGCUGAGGCACCUGUGGAUCCAACUAAAGAACUAUCUAGAUUGAUAGCUGAGUGCAAAUUUGAGGAAGCGUUCACUGGAGCCCUGCAGAGAAGUGAUGUCUCAAUAGUUUCAUGGUUAUGUUCUCAGGUUGAUUUACAAAGAAUUUUGUCGACAAUGCCACUCCCUCUAAGCCAAGGAGUUCUGCUGGCUCUUCUCCAGCAACUUGCUUGUGAUAUUAGCAAUGAAACAUCUAGAAAAUUGGCAUGGAUGACGGACGUAGCUGUUGCCAUAAACCCAGCAGAUCCGAUGAUUGCAGUGCACGUUCGUCCUAUCUUUGAGCAGGUAUAUCAGUUACUGGGUCAUCAUCGGAACCUACCAACAACCUCUGCUUCUGAAGCAAACAGCCUCCGCCUUCUUAUGCAUGUUAUUAACUCUGUGUUAAUGAGCUGUAAAUGAUUCUUCCCACUUUGUCUCUUCUGUAAUCUGUGCCAAGUUGUAAGUGGAACAUUGGGUUGUAUAGAAAUCUAGGAAGGUCCAGGAAAGAAAGCAUAGUUUAUGUAACAAGUUAGUAUUUUGAUGACAAGUGUGAAAUAGUUUUUUUUAGUCCCUUUAAAUUUUUGGUA